UGGUCACUUUGCUUUUCGCUUUAGGGAUCGGAGUUUCACCGCAGACUUUGACCAAAUGACCAUUCAGAGCGAGACGUUUGACCGGUUAAGGCGGCUCAGCACCUCGGACAUUGACCCCUCUGACAUCUUCCGCACGACGUGGCGAUACUACUGGAGGGACACGUUCGAGUGGAAGCAGUACCCUCAGUCACUCGCCCAGUACUUUGAGGAAGCCCUCCGACAGGGCAUUGUGGUGAGGUACUUCAUGAUCAGUCAGAGUCAGCGAUACAAGGUGGAUCUCAACGCCAGCUACCAGCAGAACAUCACCUCAGGCACAAAGAGAACCAUCCGGAAACGGCCCCUCUUCCAAUCAACCGUCACGCUCCUGCCCUACCUCAAGACAUUGUCUGGGUCAUCUGAGAGAAACCCCUGUGUGCUGGAUAGCCCCUCAGUAGCUGCUCCCAAUCCUGACUGUGAACACGGUUACCCAGAGACCUGGAUCCCCAUGGAUCCCAAUGUGGACUUUAUCAAAGUGCCCAUGUCACUGGAUGACAAAGCCUAUAGGGUGGUCUACAACCUAUUCCACAAGACCAUGCUGGAGACAAAAUUCAUCAUCUUGAGCAUAUUACGGGUACAAAACCAGUUCCUUUGGGAAAAGUACAUCAGGAAGAAGCAGUACAUGGCUCGCAAGUUGUCGGAACGGGAGAGGGUGCUGAAUGAGAGGCACUUGUUCCACGGGACCUCCGAGCUCUCCAUCGAUGGCAUCUGCAAGCACAACUUUGACCCGCGAGUGUCCGGGCGACACGCCACUCUCUACGGCCAGGGCAGCUACUUUGCCCGGAAGUCCAGCUACUCCCACAGGUACGCCCAGCGUUCCGAGGAAGGAGUCCAUUACAUGUUUCUGUCCAAGGUCCUGGUGGGCAGGCAUACCGUGGGCAAGCCACCCAUGCGGAGACCUCCGGCUGUCACCCCCAGUGACCCCAGCAGUGACCUCUUCAACUCCUGCGUGGACAGCACUUAUGACCCCCAGAUUUUCGUCCUGUUUGACAAUGACCAAUGCUUUCCCUACUUUGUGGUAAAGUACAAAGAGGUGGGGAACAGCAUCACCGUUAGAUGAUGGGUGGUCACCUCCAUCACUUCCCUACGACGAUGCCAACGACAGAUGCCAAUAAUACCUCUCACACACCCUCCCCUCCCCACCAUGUGGAAAAUUAAGGAGCAGCAGAUACAUGGGAACACUGCCGCACCCCCAACCCCGCCAGUUCCCCUCAGUAUCCUGACUCGGAAAUACAUCCUUCAGUGUCGCUGGGUCAAAAUCCUGGAACUCCUUCCUUCAUGAUACUCUCUCUCUCAGACCAUACACGGACUGCAGCGGUUCAAGAAGGCAGCUGACCGCCAUCUUCUCCAGGAUGUCAAAGAUGGACGAUGAAUGCUGACACCCGCAUUCUGCGAAUAUUGAUUUUGGUUAAAAAAUAAACAGGGCGGGGUGGGGUUCUGGGAUGGGGAUAAGCGUCCGUGACAAUAGGGAUGAACGAAAUGCUGAGGCAGCCCUCCCUCUGGGUUCUGACCCCCUUUCCUUUCAGUUUCCAUCCCCCCUCCCGGCCUCCCAAUUUGAUCGUUUGCUCUCAUUCUUUGUUGCUACUCCCCUAACCCCUGACCCUGGCAACCCAGGAAUCCUGUUUGGCUCUUUCCUCUUCUUAAAAUCUUGCUACAACCACUGUGUGGUGUUUUGUUUGUUAGGGCCUUUUCUGCCUCUAGCUAUCCCGGUCUUUCAGUCUCUUUGGGAACGGGCAGGAAGUACUACAGCCUCUUGGGGCCUUGCCCCAAUAUCCAGCGGGGCGUGGGGGCAUCUGCUGUUCGGAUCACUUGGUCGGUCACAGCGGAUCUAAUGUUCCAUCUUAGCAACACGGGGAUUAACAGCAAAGAUCUAGUUUGACUUUGUGGCCAUUCAGCACUGUGAUCGUCAACCGUCACAGGAGUUCCAAUAAACCGAUGGCAGCGAUCAGAUGGAUGCAGGAAGGAUGGUUCCCCCCCGAGCUGGGAAGUGGGGCUGGGGGAGAGUUUUGAAUAAGGGGACCCAGCCUCCCACUAAGCGACUGAGCUGAGUUGGAAUAUCGUUAUUCAGAGGAUAGUAAAUCUUGGGAGUACUCUACUGCACGCGCCUGUGGAGGGACCAUCACUGAGUAUGUUCCAAAAGGAGAUUAACAGAUUUCCAGAUGUUAUGGCUAUCAAGGUAUAGUGCAGGAAACGGAGCUGAAAGACCUCAGCCAUGAUCAUGUUGAAUAGCAGAGCAAACCUGCUGGGUUCAAUGGCCUGUUCCUCUUUCCCAUGAUCCUCUCUCGAUCAGGCUUGGUGGGCCGAAGGGCCUGACCCCACACUGUGGGGAUUCUGUGGAACCCCCAGUGAUGGAGAGACCCAAGGAACGGACUGAGCUCUUCCCUCUGAAACAUGCCACUGCCACUACAGAUUACUUACUGACAGUGUGGAAACAGGCCCUUCGGCCCAACAAGUCCACACCGACCCUCCGAAGCGUAACCCACCCAGACCUA